CUCCGUUCCGUUGCUUUAUCCGCCGCCCUGUUUUUUUGGCUCCCGCAAAGGUUAACGAGCUAACCGCACCAGGAAACCCCGCCAAAUUUCGGAAGCAAGAACCCGAACUCGCGUUUCAAAUCCAUCUCCUCUCCCACUCUCCGGCCUCCGUUCUCUUCUUCACCGUCGUUGCUCUUCCUUCUCCGGCCAACCUCGCCAAAUCAUCUUCCAAAUUACCCUCCUCAUUUCCGCGAAGAACUCCAUUCCCCUCCCCCCGACUCCGGCCGAUUCAAAAUCUCGGCCUCGAUGCAGCUAAAACCGGCGAUCACUCAUCUAUUCUCCGACGCCAUCUGCGACCUCUUCAUUGGUGUGCUUCUUCCGCCUUCGUGAUUCGGUAACUCACAUCGGAACCGGAUCUUGUUGUUUGCGAGGGAACAUGACGGGGAUCUGAAAACAGACCGGUAGGAAGAAAAGUCGAAAACCCUAGCUGGGAAUCACAAUUCCGCUAAUAGACAAUAGCAACGGGGGGGGAGGAAUCCCCAUGGUAGAAUCGUAUCAUGCGUGUGUGUCAAUUGCUUUGGGUUUUUGUUCUCUAACUAGUAGUAUAGUUGUGGAUCUGGAGAAUGGCAAUGAUCAUCAGCGACGCGCUGCGGCAAGCGUUCAUGCCGAAACGCGAGUACGAGAGCCUGCGGGAGGAGGAGAAGGCAUGGUCGAGGUUACAGAGGCCUUUCUUGCUCUCUGCCGUUUCCUUAAUCUGCGUUGCCGUCAUUGUCUGCGCGGUUAUUAGCUUGAAGAUCGUCUCCCCCGCCGUUGGUUCCCGGCGGCCGUUCUGCAGUGACCGGAGGCUCCUGCCACUGCCCAUGAAAGGAGGGCGUGACGCUGAUCUGUUUGCUGGUGCGUUUUAUCUGACGGAUCAGGAGAUUGCCGACUAUUACUGGAUGGUGCUCUUCGUUCCAUCGCUCAUCAUUUUCUUGGUCUCAUUUGCGUAUCUUGCCGCAGGGAUUGCUGUUGCUUAUUCUGCUCCGACAAGGCAUAGUUGCUUAACGGUGGUGGAAAACAGUUACUGUGCUUCCAGAAGAGGUGGAGUCCGCUGCCUUUACAUCUUAAACAUCAUCUUUGCCAUCAUCUUUGGUCUUCUCGCUCUAUUGCUCGGUUCAACCCUCUUGACGUUAGGGAGUAGCUGCUCCGUGCCCUUGCUCUGGUGCUACGAGAUCGCUGCGUGGGGGCUCGUCAUUCUGUAUGGGGGAACUGCAUUCUUCCUGAGAAGAAAAGCUGCAGUAAUCAUCGAUGAGGGCGAUCAAGGUAGCAGAAACCUCGGCCUGGAAAUGCUGGAAGCAAACACUUUGGCCGUGGCGGUUACACCAGAUGUUGAGAGACGAGUCACAUUUAAGUCCUGGAUGGGUUCGUCUCUGCUAUCUUCCGACGACGAGGACGAACUAGACACUUUUGUAGACGCACCCUACCGGACAAAUGCAUCUGCAAACAGGCAGAGGUUUACCGCUUCAUAGUGCUUCACUCCGUGGUUAAUCUCCCAUCGCCGCCGGGUCCUCGAGCUCUGAAUCUCGAGCCAUGGCUGCCAAUUACGAGUACGAAGAAGCGUCCGGCCACUACGACGACCAGGCAGCUGCGCUCCGGCAGCAGGAAGUCGGAUACGACCCCAACUUCGUCCCCGAUUCCGUGAAAUCCUUCGUCGUCCACCUCUACCGCCACAUCAGGGAGAAGAAUGUCUACGAGAUCCACCAGAUGUACGAGACUUCCUUCCAGACGCUGUCCGAGAGGCUGUUCAAGGACACUCCGUGGCCUUCCGUCGACGCCGUGGCUCACUAUGUCGAUAACGACCAUGUCUUUUGUCUCCUGUACCGGGAGAUGUGGUUCCGCCACCUCUACGCUCGCCUCUCCCCUACUCUCAAGCAGAGGAUCGACAGUUGGGACAAUUACUGCAGCCUCUUCCAGGUGGUGUUGCAUGGAGUGGUGAAUAUGCAGUUGCCCAAUCAGUGGCUGUGGGAUAUGGUGGAUGAGUUUGUUUACCAGUUCCAGAGCUUUUGCCAGUAUAGAGCUAAGAUGAAGAACAAGACUGAACAGGAGAUUGCUCUUCUGAGGCAAUUCGAUCAGGCAUGGAAUGUGUAUGGAGUGCUCAACUUCUUGCAAGCAUUGGUGGAAAAGUCUGCUAUAAUCCAGAUUUUGGAGCAAGAAAAGCAAGGUCUUGAGCAGUUCACUGCCACUGAUGGUUACGAUUACAGUGGAGGAAGUAAUGUUCUGAAGGUGUUGGGGUACUUCAGUAUGAUUGGUUUGUUGCGAGUUCACUGCCUUUUGGGAGAUUAUCAUACUGGCCUUAAGUGCUUGCAACCCAUUGACAUAAGUCAACAGGGCGUUUACACCAGUGUUAUAGGAAGCCACAUUGCUACCAUAUACCAUUAUGGUUUCGCAAGCCUGAUGUUAAGGAGGUAUGUAGAUGGUAUCCGUGAGUUCAACAAAAUUCUCUUGUACAUUUACAAGACCAAGCAAUAUCAUCAGAAGUCUCCACAGUAUGAACAAAUACUGAAGAAGAAUGAGCAAAUGUAUGCCCUGCUUGCAAUUUGCCUCUCAUUUUGCCCUCAAAUGAAGCUUGUCGAUGAGGCUGUAAAUGCUCAAUUACGCGAGAAAUAUGGUGAAAAGAUGGGUAAAUUGCAAAGAUAUGAUGAUGAGGGUUAUGGUGACAAACUGAGCAGAAGGCAAAGAUAUGCUGAUGAGGCAUUUGGUAUCUAUGAUGAACUCUUUUCAUAUGCAUGUCCCAAAUUCAUUACCCCUUCAGCUCCGAGUUUUGACGAGCCUCUCGUAAAUUACAACCAGGAUGCUUAUAGGCUGCAGUUGAAGCUUUUCCUUUCUGAGGUGAGGCAGCAGGAGUUGUUAGUUGGCGCUCGAACCUUCCUUAAAGUAUACUCAACCAUAUCACUUGGGAAGCUUGCCAAUUAUUUGGACGUGGAUGAAUCCACGUUAAGGAUGACAUUGAUGACGUACAAGCACAAGACUCAUGCUGUUGAUUCUGAUGGAAAGAUUAUCUCCAAUGCCGAUGUCGACUUCUACAUUGAUGAUGAUAUGAUACGUGUUGUGAACUCCAAACCAGUGAAGCGAUAUGGCGAUUUCUUCUUGAGGCAAAUUGUAAAGCUUGAAGGAGUGAUCAACGACGUGGACCGGAUAAAAGUGGAGUCAGCCAAUUAACUGUUGCAUUUCUUUCAUCCGACCAGAUCAUGUAGUUCUACCAGACAACGGCAGAGAUUUCGUUAUAUUCAUUCGCAUUUUGCGUAUGAAUCGUGUGUUGACGCUAGUGAAAAGCUGCAGCUCUAUAAGACUGGAAGAAGCACGCUGUGAAGACUUUGGAAUGGAUAGAUUAGAUCCUGUGUUUAGUUGCUGGCGGCAUGGUUUUCUUCCUCGUCUUGUUUGGGAUUGGUUUCAGUCAUAUUUGCUCGCAUUGGUCGAAAGACGCCGGAAUUUGGGUGAUGGAAGGUUUUGAUUUUUGAAUGAUAGUUUAUGUCAGCGUAACAAGAACAAUUCAUUUAUUAUGUAUACAAAAAAAAAAAUCAAACUACGAUGGAUUUCAAACAAUACAAGGAUAAUAACGAUCUUAG